GGAUGGUGUUCGGAUGAGGUGUGGGCUAACCUCGUCCGUCACUGGUCUUCUGAUCCAAACUUCUUGGCAAGAAGUCAAUCCGGUAAGAAAAACCGGAUGUCCGAGAAAGCCUUAGAAACCCAAUGGCAUGGGGGCCGCAAACCUCAGAGUAGACAUAAAGAAGAUCUUUCGGGGCCUGAGAAGAAGAAGGUCUCAAUUCUCAAGGUCAUCAAGCACUGCUGGACAAAGCACGGCGAUGAGUCCGAUGCCGAUCUGCCACCCCGCCUCGCUGAAAUCGAAUCAAAGUAUAACACAAAUGUUGAGAAGAGGCGGGCAGAAUUAGGCUUGACUCAGGAGGAUGAGAUUGAUUCUGAUGUGGAGGAUGAUGCCAUCUUUGAGGCAGUUGGGGUGUACAAGGGCCGGGUCCCGUGCAUGGGGGCUGAGGGGCAACGGAUCUUGUAUGACCGCAGCGGUGCUUCAUCUUCCCGAUCAAGGCGCGGAGAGGAUCCGCGUAUCGCUCAAAUGCAGCGGGAGAUGGAGGAGCAGCAGCGGGCCUUGGCUGAGCAGCAGCGCACCUUGGAGGAGCAACGCAAAAAAGAAGAAGAAACAAGGGCCCGACUGGAAGAGAUGGAACGGAUCCUCAGCGCCGGAAUUCGGAAUCAGCCUCAGCCUCAGCCAUAUGUACUGCACCCUGAGCAGACACCUCAAGUUCCGCACAUGGGCGGUUAUUUCCGUACCAACUCUGCUACCGGGUUGCCUUCAUUUGGUUCUUUUCAGGAUAUCAAUUUUCACAACCUGUUUCAAACAUCUGGAGGCAGCCAAGCGGGUGGCAGUCGCGGAGGUGGCAGUCGCGGAGGUGGCAGUCGCGGAGGAGGCAGUCGCGGUGACAACCGAGAAGAUGAGACCGAAGAAGAUUAUCUAUAUGAUGAUUCUAGAUAUUAUCAUAAUGGUAACCGGAGGAGCUUGUAAUUAUACAUUUUUAUUUGAACAUUGUUUAUUUACUAUAAUUUUAUUGUGCUUAUUAUUACUUUUAUUUCAGUCUGUUUGGUUAUGAAAUGUGUGUUCUAGUAGUCUGUUUAUUACUUUUAUUCUACAAAUAUUUUUUAAAAUAAA